GGCAUGCCGAUAUUGAGUCUAAGAGCAACUCAGGCCGGACACCGCUAUCGUAUGCCGCCGAGAGAGGGCAUGAGGCUAUCGUGCAGUUACUACGCAACUGGCAUGCCGACAUCGAAUCUAAGGACGACUUUGGCCGGACGGCGCUGUCGUAUGCCGCCGAUAGAGGACAUGAGGCUACUGUGCAGCUACUGCUCAACUGGCAUGCCGAUAUUGAGUCUAAGGACAACUCAGGCCGGACGGCGCUAUCGUAUGCCGCUGAGAGAGAGAGUGAGGCUAUCGUGCAGCUACUACUCGACCGACACGCCGAUAUCGAGGCUAAGGACGACUCAGGCCGGACGGCGCUAUCG